GCUCUGGACAGGCUUUGCUCUUCUUUCAUCUAUACUCCGGUUCCUGCAGAAGCCACCCAAAACAGACAAGCCCCAGAGGGAAGGGCGAAGGCAUGACUGGCCGAGAUGCGAGUUCAGAUGGCAAAACCAAGGGCAAGGCAUCGGUGCCCAUUGGCCCAGGGCAUGAAAAGACUUCCUUCAGUCUACGAACCAAAGGCUUCGCCAUCAAUGAUUUGCUGGGCUUGGAGGCAGAGUUGCAGCCUCCCAGUGGUCCCGGGGCUGGCUCCGGAUGCCAGCCCCCUUCUGGGGCUGGAUUGGGGCCAGGUCCUGGGACUGGAGCUGGAGUCGGGGGGACCUCUCUGCCCGGGAGCUCCUUGCCCUUAGGUCUGGGUUUCUUCUGUGGCUUUGCAGCUCAGCAACCCCCGGCUGGUGGGACUCCCUGCCUACUGCUUACCGACAUCCCCUUCUUGCAGCCCCGGGGACCAGACCCCCAUCACCAACAUCACGAGCAUCACCAGAGAUACCUGCUGGGCUCUGAGAAGCCCAAGGAAAGCGUUUCGGAUGAAGACAGUCUAUCUGAAGACAAAAGUGAACUGAAGACAUCCACAUCACAUAUUAAGAGGAAAAAGCGGCGACAUAGGACAGUUUUCACUGCUCACCAACUGGAAGAAUUGGAAAAGGCUUUCAAUGAGGCACAUUAUCCAGAUGUGUAUGCCAGGGAAAUGUUAGCUCUAAAAACUGAACUUCCAGAAGACAGAAUACAGGUCUGGUUUCAAAAUAGAAGAGCCAAGUGGAGGAAGAGGGAAAAAUGUUGGGGCAGAAGCAGUGUCAUGGCAGAGUAUGGUCUCUAUGGUGCCAUGGUGAGACAUUCGAUACCACUCCCUGAAUCAAUCAUCAACUCUGCCAAGAGUGGGCUAGUGGGUUCCUGCGCUCCAUGGUUACUUGGAAUGCACAAAAAAUCCAUGGAUGUGACAAAGAAACCAGGAGGUGAAGGAAAGGUAUCAGAAGAUUGGAGUUAUGAUCACCCAGAAGAAGACUUGAAAUCAAAUCGAGAAGAGUCCCAGCAGAGCUCUGGAAAAAUCAACCUCAUGGAUAGCUCAGAAGAUACUGCUAUUGAUCUCUCCAGGACAGCGAGACAGGAGAAAAAGAAAGCACACUGAGGGUCUUGGGCCCCAGGAUCAUGUUAGUAAAGGUCCUUGCAUCAGUAAGAAAGGCAAUGGACAAUGGAAAUGAAGAAUGAGGGAACCUCAAGUGGAAAAAUAACGUCCAGUAGACUUCCCCAAGGCAUAUGUUCAUAUCUAGCAUUAGAAUUCUUCAAAUGAUAAAACUUGCCCAUGAUGAAGUGUUUCUUUCUAUUUAUGGAGUCAGGAUCAGAUAGGACAAUAAAACUUUCUAAGCUUCAAAGCUGCUGUUUUAUAAGGACAAAUGAGUAAUUUAGAAAAACUUCCAUUUACUUUUAGAAUGGAAAGAGUUCAGCAAAAGCACUUGAGUUGAUUAAAAUGGAGGAAGAUUUUGAUUGGUCAUUAAAGAACUAGUGUAUACCAGGAAGUUUGGCACAAAAUAUCCAUUCUGUAUCUUCUUUUUUUUUUUUUUAAACCUUUACCUUCCAUCUUGGAAUCAGGGCAGAAGAAUGGUAUGGGCUAGGCAAUGGGGAUUAAGUGACUUGCCCAGGGUGACACAGCUAGGGAGUGUCUGAGGCCAAAUUUGAACCAGUCCCUGGGUCUGGCUCUCAAUCCACUGAGCCACCCAGCUGCCCCCCUCCACAAUUCUGUAUCUAUGAAGAAGCAUAGGCAGUUAAAUGAAGACAAAAUCAACACAGCCUUAUGAACUACAGGAUACUUUCACUAUGAAUGCGGUUUUGAACCACAUUUUUAUUUCCUUGCUGAUAUACAAUAAUCUUCUAAACUUCUGAAUGGGAUUUGGCAUAAUGGAAUUCAGACAAUUACAAGUUUGUAUAAAUAAAGCCAUCUCCUCCAUCUCCUUUGUCUCCUGAAAGUAGACUAUGUUGUGAAAUGGCAUAGGAAAUAUUUAAAAAUGAUUCAAUAUCUGUAAAGCAGUGUUAUAAAAUCAGACCUAUUCUUGGUCUUUUUAUAUUUUAUGUUUAAAAGCACUUUAGUUAUUUGGAUUUUCUGAAUGUUUCCCUUUCCUGU